AUGGCUGAUUCGAGGAAUAUUACUAAUAAUAUGUUUCAGUUUCCAGUUAGUCUUUCUGCUGACAAAGAUGAGCUACCAUCUUCUGCUGCUCGUGAAGUAGACUUCUUUAAGGAGAAGAUAAAUAGGGCUGAUGAUCAUCAUGAUUCUAAAACCACAAGUGUCAUGGUCAAGAAGGAGAAUUCUCUUUCUGAAGUUGCUCCACGGUCCAGUGCUGCUCUUAAUGUAAAUACUGGAUUGCACCUUCUAACUGCUAACACUAGAAGUGAUCAAUCAACUGUGGAUGAUGGAGUUUCAUCUGAUGCUGAUGAUAAGCGAUCAAAGAAUAUUGAGCUAGCACAAUUGCAAUUGGAGCUUCAAAAAAUGAAUACAGAAAAUCAGAGGUUAAAAGACAUGCUUAGUCAAGUAACCACCAAUUACAGUGCCUUACAGAUGCAUUUUGUAGCCUUAAUGCAACAACAACAGCAACAAAACCAUGGAGUUGAAAGCAAUAAAGAUCAACAAGAGACUGUAGAAGGAAAAUCUUCCGAGGAAAAGAAACAUGAUGUAGUGCCUAGACAAUUCAUGGAUCUAGGCCCUUCAGCUGAGACUGAUGAAAUAUCCAAUUCCUCUUCCGAUGAGAGGACUCGUUCCGGAACACCACAAAAUCAUUUCGAAGUAGCUUCGACGAAAAACAAUGGUAAACUUGAGAUGGUUAAAUAUGAUCAGGAGAAUUCUACUUUCCGAGAUGGGAAAAGAAUUGGCAGGGAAGAGAGUCCUGAAUCAGAAUCACAAGGCUGGAACCCUAACAAGGUACAGAAGUUGAAUCCUGCUGGUUCUGCUAAUAAGGCUAUUGAACAAUCCGCCGAGGCAACCAUGAGAAAAGCCCGUGUCUCGGUUCGUGCACGAUCAGAGGCUCCCAUGAUUACUGAUGGCUGCCAGUGGCGAAAAUACGGUCAAAAGAUGGCUAAAGGAAAUCCCUGUCCGAGAGCUUAUUAUCGGUGCACCAUGGCAGUUGGUUGCCCAGUUCGCAAACAAGUUCAACGUUGCGCCGAGGAUAGAACAAUCUUGAUCACAACUUAUGAAGGCAAUCACAAUCACCCUCUACCUCCAGCUGCAAUGGCAAUGGCAUCAACAACAGCAGCAGCCGCAACUAUGUUGCUAUCAGGAUCAAUGUCAAGCGCAGAUGGUAUCAUGAACCCAAAUUUGCUAGCAAGAGCAAUACUCCCUUGCUCGUCAAGCAUGGCAACAAUUUCAGCUUCGGCUCCAUUCCCUACCGUAACAUUAGACCUCACACACAGUCCAAACCCUCUACAAUUCCCAAGACCUCCUACACCAUUCCAAGUCCCUUUCCCAGGCCAACCCCAGAAUUUUGCCCCCGUCACAACACCACAAUUGCCUCAGGUUUUUGGUCAAGCCCUAUACAACCAAUCGAAAUUCUCUGGCCUUCAAUUGUCUCAGGAUAUGGGGUCAUCACAAUUAGGCCACCAAACUCAACCCCAAGUAUUGCACUCAGGACAACAACCUUCUCUAUCUCAAGACACAUUGAGUGCUGCCACCGCCGCCAUCACCUCAGAUCCUAACUUCACUGCUGCACUUGCAGCUGCCAUCAGCUCCAUCAUCGGUGGUGCUAACAACAACACCACCACCACCACCAACAACACCACCAACAAUAACAGCAAUGCCACCAACAACACAAGCAACAGAAAUUAA